ACAACAUAAACAUUUUGACUUUGAGAAUUUUCUGUAGUUGUAUUGUUUUUUUUUUACAUUCCUAAAAGACAUUGGAGAAAGGCCUGCAGACGCCAAAGAAACCUUUGCUUUGGAAAUCCUGAUAAUAUAGAAAUAGAUAAGAGGUGCAUCAACAGAUUACAACGAUAUUCUUGGCAUUCUAAUGUUCCAUACAUUUCUUGUUUUUGUAUAGGCUGUUUUUGUUGGCAAAAUUUUUAAUUCAUGUUAGAUAGUAAACACGGAAAAUUUUCGGAAGAAUCCAUAGAUUAAUGUUAAAGUUUAAUCGUUCAACAUAUGGCGCUCCUUGUUCCCGCACAGCCAAGACUGGCAUCGCAAAAUUCUCAUGAAAAAUCGUUUGUAUUUUUCCUUAACACGACGCAUCGUCAGGUAAAUCUUUACUGGAUGGAUUUCUAUGGAUUCCAAGACUUUUUCACAACACUUAAACCUGGUGCUGGUAUUAAAGCCAACACAUUUGUAACACAUCCCUGGAUAUUUCGUGAUGCCCAAACUGGCGAACGAAUGCAUGUUAAACACCAAGAUAUAUUCUGGCCCCAAUUGUAUAGGGUUAAAAAUGCAGGCCAGUUGUUGCCGUGUCGAAAAUUAAUUGCCAUACAUCUGCCGGUAACACCCACAUUACGUUCCAGGUGCCUUUGGGUCAUAGCUCAGCACAUAUAUGGGGAUAAUGCAAAUGGAGUUUUAGAAAAUAUGGCACUUCCAAGGACACUACACAACGACCUGAACUCAAUACUUGAGUUAAUUGAAAAGCAUAAAUCCAUGGGAAUGCAACGAAGUGUCCAAGUUUUCUAGUUAAAAGAGAAGCUUGUAAUUUUAGUCUGAUGGAAGUGUCAAAUACAGUGACUGUUUUAAAAGUAAGGCAUUAUGAACAGCUCGUCUUUUAAAGUAAAUUGUUCGGAUUUAUGUCAAUGAUCUUUAUUAAAUGGGGCGCUUUAUAUGUUUGAAUGUUUUUUUUAUAGCUACAAAUUGAAUAACAACUUUUCUCUCAUAUUGAAAUUUAUGUUUUUUAGUCUGUCGCACUGUAAUUUAAAUAAGUUAAUUUAAUGAAUAGAUCUUAAUUAAUAUAUAUUUAAUUAAAAUUAAAAAUAUAUAUGUAUGUAGAAAUUAAUACAAUAAGAUAGAGCGAAAUAUAUGGCAAACCGCUACAACAGAAUUUCUCCGACCAUUGUCCGUUUUUCUAGAAAAGUAAGAAAAUAUUUAGGGGAAACUUGGAAUGAGUAUUGUUGCUUUUGUUUGAUGUACAUAUAACAAGAGUAGUGUUCAAUGGAAUGACACGAUUUUGUGUGGGUUUUGUUUUCACCAAUAUUCAAGAGAUAAAUUCCUUUUGUAACGGUUUGCCAAUUUCUUCUAUAUUUGAUUUUAUACAAAUUUUUCCCUAUACGCACACACGAGAUAUUAGGGGAGAAGGUGCGAAAACAAACAACGAAAUAUAUAAAUUAAAUUUGUGAA